AUGGGAAAUAAAUAAUAUAUUGAUAAAGAGAAUUGCUAUGAGAUCAAAGUUGAAUUUAUGACCAAAAAACAAAAGCAAAAGAAAGAUGAAAUUUUGGCAAAUUUUGAAGAAGUCAAGCUCGUUGAUGAUUUUGAGAUUUAUUUGAAUAAAGAAGACUAGUAUGAUGUUGAUUUCAGAGAUUCGAUAUUUGUACCUAAGAAUUUGAGCGAAAUAGAAGUAGACUUCGUUAUAAAGCAUUUAUAUGGAGAUUAAUUUUAAAAAACAAAAGAUGAUUUUGAAUACCCUGAAUUAAAUGAAUUUGUUAAAACAAAAGUCAAAAAAAUUAUUUGCAUACUUUUAAACAACAGAAUAAUUACUGAUCGAAAAUAAAAACUUUAUAUGUCUUAAUGCCUUCAUACAACUCCUGUUUUUGAAAUAAUAUAUGAAAAGAACUCCUUUUUUGAGGCAUUAGGAAAACAGGCGGUCUAUAAAAUAAAAAAAUUUCGCAAAAAUUUUAUGAAGGACAUAACAGAUUUCUUAGGUUUAACAUGUCUUGUAGAAUCAAUUUAAUCAGGAAGUAGAUUUGGCAUGGUGAGUUCGCUUUUCUCUAAAAAAAUUCUUUAAUUUGCUGGUAAAUCUGUUUUCGGAGAUAAUAUUGGCUUAGGGGUAUUUUUCUCAAUAUUAAGGCUCUUCUUCCCCUUUGUUACUCCAAUCUUGUUUUUGCUAAGAUUGAAUUGA